GAAGAAUAAAAAAAUUGACAAAUAUCAAUUUUCCAGAAUUUUGAUAAAUAAAUAUGUGGUCUUUAGGAAAAUAUUUAACAACUUUGAUUCAAUAACCAUAUCGAUAUAAUGUGAUUUGUUUUGAGAAAGUUAAAAUUUCGUCGUAAAUUGUAUGAAAAAUAUGGGAUAUAAAGCAGCUGUUCAAGUUUUGAAGCAAGCAGAAGAUUUAAAAAUAAAAGUUUCGAAGAAAAACGAUUGGUUAAAUAACGCCGAAGCUUGGACAGACCAACAGAAACUACAAACAAUAUACCAUCAAGUACUUGUACUUGAUUUAGAAUACGCGUUGGAUAAAAAAGUGGAACAAGAUUUAUGGAAUAUAGGUUUCAAAAACCAUAUAUCCAGUUUACAAGAACAAGCAAGAGAUAAAAAAAAUAUACACCGUUCUGAUUGUCAAGCGCUUCUAACAUGGGCUUUAGAAUCUGCUUCUGGUUUUUACAUUACGUUAUUGCAAGAAUUGUGUAAUACAUUUGACGUUGAUUUACCUUUCCGUAAAAGGGGAAAUGUUUUUGGACAAACAACUCCUAAUUCUGACCUUUCGGGUUUACCUCAGACAUCAUCUUGCCUUUACGUUUGCCAAUACUGCUUAGUACACCUGGGUGACAUAGCUCGAUAUAGGAAUCAAAGAAAACAAGCCGAGAGUUUUUACAAGCAGGCUAUAUUAGUAUCACCAACUAGCGGUCACCCGUACAAUCAACUGGCUCUUUUAGAAGCCAGCCAAGGGAAUAAAUUAUCCACUGUGUUUUAUUAUAUCAGAGGAAUUGCUGUGAAACAUCCGUUUCCAGGUUCAGCGACUAAUUUAUCUUGUACUUUGAGCUCCGCUAUUGAUAAAGACAGUCCUUCGGAAAAAAUCCAAACGAAAAUGACGGUGAACGAGUUUAUUCAACUUUUCUUAUGCACUCACGGAUACUUUCACACAGGUACGGAACUAAAACAAGCCGAGCUUUCAGUGAAAAGCUUAAAUUCCGUAAUGACCGCCCUUGUGGCUACCCAAAGUUUCACCAGAGACAUGCUCAUUAAAAUGACUACAAUAAAUUUAUACGCUUUGAACCACAUCGGAUCGGAUUUGAAUAAAAUAGACGAAUUGACUUGUGACGAGAAAAAAAUUAGAGAAUUGGUUCUGGAAUUGAUAGCAGGAUCUUUGUGUGCUUUCCUCGUUCCAGUUCAUACCCUUAAAAUGGAUGAGGGGCUCAUGGAUUAUUACGCCCUUCCAGCAGUAAAACUCCUACUGUAUUCCAUUAACAACGAUCCGGACGUUUUGAAAGAGAAAGUAUUCACGAAUCGAUUGCAGAUAUGGCCGAGUCUAGUCAAAUUAUUAAAUAACGUCCAGCAAUAUCUCAAAGGAUUCAAUGCCAACAAAUAUUCGAAAGUGCCAUUGCCGGAAGAUAAGAUGCUCGAGGGGUUCCUACCCCUGUGUAAAAAUUUCAAGGAUUUCGAUUUUAAAGAAGACAUGGACGAUGCGAAGAUGGAAAGAUGCGUUAGAAUGAAACGGAUAAUUAAAAUGAGCUUGUGGUUGACCGAUUUGGAUUUGAACGGGAACAAAUUGAUUUUGAAAAACGAAGUUGACGGAGAAACGGUGUUCGAACCGGUGUGCAUACAACCGGAUCCGACAAACGAUUUGUUGGAGGAAAUGAAGUCGUUCGGCGUGGCGGACGGUUAUUAUGAAAAUACAGCCGGAAAAAGUUUGGAAAAAAAAGCUGGUAUCCUCAAACCGCAGGGUUCUUUGGAAAAAUCGCGAGAAGAAAGGGAAAUGUUGAGUAACGCCACAGCGGAAACGCCCCCCGGAAACUUCAACCCCAUAACUCUCAAAGCGGACGCCGCCAAAAACAAAAGGGGCAAACAAAACGUCGCCUUGCAAUCGAUUUUCAAAAAAAUGGAAGAGAGUAGCAAACAGGUUAAGUUCAUCGUGGACGAUACCGAUACGGACAAAACCGUGAAAUUCGACCAGAUACAAUCGAAACCGCCGCCUCCGCCGCCCGCUUCCACCCAAAAUCAACCGUUCAAUCUGCCGAUUAGGACGCAAAACUUCAACCAAACCAUCCAGUCGUUUCCGAUGCCGCCCCCGGCUGCCCAACCGGAUUAUUUGACGGCUCUGAGAAACAUGCCCAACAUGCAGAUGAACGACAACAAUUACCAAUACCAGAAAAAGGAACCCGGUAUACCACCCAACAUGGGGGUACAGAUAAUGCCGCCGCCGUAUCAAAAUAGUUUCCAAAAUAAUAAAACCGUCGUACCGCCGCCUCCAUUGAACCAAAAACCGCUCGGUUACCAACAACAACAACAGAAUUCUUUCCCAACGGCGCCUUUCCAGAACGUCUCUUUCCCCCCAUCGCAUCCUUUUAAUACUUGGAAAAGGGAAGACGUACCCCCCAUGCCCAACCCCAAUUGGUGGCAGAACAAUCAACAGUCGCAGCAGAAUAAUUAUCGGACGGAUUACCAGUUGAAUUACCCGCCUUCGUUUUCUAAUAACGCAUCGACCAAUUACAUACAAGGUAUGAAUAAUAAAUCGAACAACCAAUCCAACGGCGGAGAUGUCUUCGGAUCGCCGUGGAACAGUUACUUGGGCAACUUCAUGAGCGACGGUAACAAUUUGACGUUUGAAAAUUCGUCCUGUCAAGGUAUGUCGGUGAGACAAGCCAUGCUGAAGGAGGCCACCAUGCCCGGCGCACCCGUCGGACCCCCGGGGGGAGUCGGAGUCGCCAGAUUACCCAACGUCAAUCAGCCGCCCCCGCCGACGCAGAAGGAACCGCCGUUCGUCCAAAAUCAGAACGCUACUCCGGGGUAUUCUUUGUUUAAUAACAGCUGGACGCCCAAUUUGCCCGGUCAGUUGAGGACCAAGUCGGCGGAUAAUAAUAGUUUGAGUCGAUUGCCUCAGCAGUCGCUGUUCAGCGGGCAAGGUCCGAAAUCGUUGGCUCAAUUAUUAGAGCAACAGAGCCAGUUGUCGAAGAACGACUUGUAGAUAACGGAAAUUCGAUUGUAUCGGGAGAUGUUCGACGGGAACGGAUCGAGACAAUACUUUGAAACCGAGAGCAAUAAAAACGGAGAGACCGGACCGAUCGGGUCACUCAUUUUCCGUAUAAUUAAUGGGAAAUUGUCGGAUUACUACAAAGGAAAACCUUCCGAAAUAUUAAAAUGUAAUUGAACUUUUCUUAUUGUCGCAAAAAUUGUGGUUAUUACGUUUUGAAUUGUCGAGUAAGUUUUAUUAAAAACUAUCCGUGUAUUGAUUUUUUUUCUAUAAUAGUUUUCGAUCGAAACGAUCUAAAAGUUUGAAUAUAUUAUCCUUUAUGCA